GGUAAACACGUGACUUUUGGAGGUAAACAAACGAGAACCGGCUCGGUUCCGAGGAUCCAUGGACCAGAGCGUGAACGCGGAGCCGGAGCAGCCCGGGCCCGGCUGCUGCUCGCGCUGGAGGAACCGGCUGGGAUUCGGCCUUCUGGGAUUGUGCAACAACUUUGCUUACGUGGUGAUGCUGAGCGCCGCCCACGACAUCCUCCAGAGACAAGAGCCCCAGAACUCCACUGCAGCCGCUUCAGUGACGCUGGCCGUGGACAUCCAGGCGGGAAACAGCAGCAACAGCAGCAUCUACGACUGCAGUCCCGUCACCACGGGGGCUGUGCUGUUAGCCGACAUCCUCCCAACGCUCGCCAUCAAGCUGUUAGCUCCCUUCAUGAUCCACAAAGUGCCUUAUGGUUUCAGAGUAUUGGUCUGUGUUGCCAUGGCAGCAGCAAGCUUCCUGCUCGUGUCCCUCUCCUCUGCCAUCUGGAUGAGUAUUCUGGGAGUGGUGUUUGCCAGCUGCAGCUCAGGACUGGGAGAGCUAUCCUUCCUCUCCCUCACCGUCUUCUUCAACAGGAAUGUUCUGGAGGGCUGGGGCUCAGGCACCGGCGGUGCUGGAGUUGCCGGUUCCCUUCUCUACUCAGCCCUGAUCCAGGCGGGCCUGUCUCCCCGGAUCACUCUGCUGCUCAUGCUGGUGGUCCCGGUCGCCAUGCUGGUUAGCUACUUCAGCCUGCUGCUCCCCGAGUCUCCGGUGCCUCAGUGGAGCACCAGGGAGACGGAGCACUCUGCUGAGGAACGCCGGCCGCUGGUGGACGAGCCAGACGGGGAAGAGCAGGACAAAGCAACGACAGAGGCUGCAGCCGUGGGACCUCCUACCAUGGCGGAGAAGUGGCAGGUUGUCAGAGGCCUGCUGAAGUUCGUGUUUCCUCUGGGACUCGUCUACUUCGCCGAGUACUUCAUCAACCAGGGUCUGAUGGAACUGCUGUUCUUCCAGGACUCCUCCCUGUCCCACGCUGACCAGUAUCGCUGGUACCAGACGCUCUACCAGGUCGGUGUCCUGGUUUCUAGAUCCUCUCUGUUCUGCAUAAAGAUCCGGAAGCUCUGGACUCUCUCCUUUCUGCAGGUGGUGAACGCGGUGUUUCUGGUGUUCGCUGUGCGGUACCGGUUCCUGCCCGGUGCCUGGCUGGUGUUUGUUAUCGUCCUCUACGAGGGUCUGCUGGGGGGGGCGGCGUACGUCAACACUUUCUACUUCAUCAGCAAAGAGACUGAGGACCGGUACCGGGAGUUUGCCAUGGCUGCUGCCAGCGUGGGAGACAGUCUGGGCAUCGCCCUGGCUGGACUGGCAGCGUUUCCCGUCCACAGAUACUUCUGCUCCCUCUGACGGAGAGCACGGCCAGUACCACCAGUACAACCUUUUUAAAACGUGGGUAAGAGACAGAAAAAGAAAAGAACCGGGUCACUGCUUGAACAAUUCCUGUCCCUAAUCCCACAACACAACUCAGAGGAACUGGUACUGACACGAAGAUACUGACAAUGUGCUGCGAUUGUUCUGUAAAGCUCUGUGACCAGCAGUUCCCCUGAAGCUCCUUCAGGGGAAACUCUUUAGUUUGAAUGUGGAAGCAGCUCGGGUUGGUUCAUUAAGCUCUCAGAAACGUUGCGGUACGACUACAGUCAAAAUACUGACCUCCUAUGUAUGUGUAUAUAUAUAUAUAUCUAUAU